AUGUCGUCGUCUGACAACUCGGGCACCACCCUCAACCUUCUUCUCUCUCCGCUCAACUCUCCAGGCAAGCCAGGCAAGCGCAAGCGUGACGCUGCCGACCCGUCGCCUCCAACGCGCCCACCACCUACCCGCCGGCGCGGCGACGAGAACCGCCGCUCGAGGUCACACCGCAUCCGCAAGCCGGGCUCGUCCAAGGGCAAGUCCAAGACUCACACCCCGCAGCGGCGUAUUCCCGGGCCGGCCGGCCUGCUGGCUCUCCUCCCGCACCCGGAUCCGAGUACUCCGAACAAGCCGUCGGACUCGUCGCUCUCACUCUCGCAGCUCUCGUCCGCCGCCAAGAAGAAGGACGACAUCGACUUUGCUGCCCCAGGCUCGGCAUGGAAGGCCAUGCUCAACGCCUUUGGCCUCCCGUCUUUUCCACGUGCUGGCGACAAGCCGUCGCCACUCUUUCGCGAGUCCGUCGCCGGCGUCAAGGCCUCGACCGCCUCCAAGGUCUCCUCGCUCAUUGUCUUUGUCUCUCAGUUCUCUGCGACUCCGGCCGGUGACUUUGCCGUCGAAGUCAAGGAUCCCACCGGCUCGGUCGAGGGCACCCUCCACCGCCGCCUCCUCGAUCACUUCCCCACCGUCGGCGAAGGCGCUGUCCUCGUCCUCAUCGACGUCUCCGUCUUUCAGCCGCAGCGCCACGUCCGCUACCUCAACAUCACUACCGAGAACGUGUGUCUUGUCUUUGGACGAGGCGCUCCUCCGCACCCGCCCAAGCUCAUCAACGCCACCGUCGAGCGACUGCUCGCCAUAUCAACGCCACCGGCCGCGCCACGCUUUGCAAGCAUGGCCACUCACGCGCCAAAGUCACCGGCCAAUCUCUCCCGCAAGCUCUGGGCUGAUGCCCGCAUUGGCCCCGUCCCGCCGCCGGUCUCAUCCACUGCCGCGCCGGCCACACGUGCACCCCCCGCCGUCUCCAGCGCUGCCCUUGCCGCCCAAGCCGCUCUUGCUGACAUCUCACUGGACAUGCUCGCCGACGACCCGCUCGAGCCAUCGCCGCUGGACACCUCGCCCGCUCCUACUCCUGCUGAUACUCAGCCUCCUGUGCCGCCACUCCCGCCGCUGGAGGACGAUCCUGCACUCGACGCCGCCCUCGCCGCCAUCGACCUUCCCACCACCGCCGCUGCAGCUGCUCCGGAGCCGAGAGCACCGAGCGGUCCAUCGCUCUCGCGCAAGCAGGACGUUGAUGUUUUGCUUGACGGCCUCGGCGAUCUCGACUGGUAAGCUUGUUACAUGCUGUAAAUGUUUAUGCACGACGAA